AUGAUCAAAAAACUCAAUGUUGAUAUAUGGAUUGAAAUCCUUUCAUACUUUCAAUCGGAUGAGCAAAGUAAAUAUAUCGUUAACAAACAAAGCUUAGGUGCUUAUGAUACGCUUAGGCAUUAUCGAAUUGAAAUAAACCCUGAAAGUCAUAUCUUUGUGGAUGAUCUUCCGUCAAAUUUUAAGCCUCAUAUUCAUGAAAUAAUAGAUGUAAUUUAUGAGAGAAAAAAAACAUAUGUAACUUUCGAAAAAAAUGGUAGAAUUAUUAGGAGACUCAUUAGAUAUAGAAAGGGUGGAGAACCUUACUGUAGAAACCCCAACAAAAAAUCGAAAAAUGGCAAUGUAGCAUUAAGAGCUACGAAAUGUAAUAAAAAAGAUCAUAUACGUAGGAACGGUUGUGUAAAAUGUUCUAUUAAACAAUUUCUAAAAGAUUUUUAG